UUUUGAGCCCCUCCCAAAAAUAACCCUCUCCUCUUUCCUCUCUCCCAUGAUAUUUUCCUUUCGUUGGACCCCUUGAUGCCUUAGUUUUUUUUAUCAAAAUUCGUGCGUUCUUCUUCAAUAGUAUUGCGAAGUGGGGGUGCUCUAAUACUCUGAUCUGUGGUGAGUUUUCUCUAUCUCUUCCAUUCUCUAGAUCCCUUGACGCCCUAGUUUCUCAAUCAAGGUUCGUGCAUGAUUCUUUAGCAGUAUUGCAAAGUCAAGGUGCUCCAAUGCCGAAAUCUAUGGAUCGCAUUGGUGAGGUUUAGAGAAGGAUGGAGUUGGACCCCUAUGGUGCAUUGUCGGGGUGGGAUGGAGGUGGUGGUGAGAACCUUUGCAACUGGGUUGGGGUUGGGGUUGGUUGCUUGGAUGGGAGAGUCGUGGAUCUACUACUUUCAGGCAACUAUAAUUUCUUGGAAGGCUCUCCAAACAUUCUAAUUCCCACGCAUGGUAGACUUAGCAUGUGGCCCAAGAGGAUGCUUUGUGGAUACCUCAAGCGUUUCACAAUUAAUGCAACAAACAACACACUAACAGAUGCUCAAUGUUAUUCAUUAUGCAAUGAUUGUAAGGUUAGAGAAUUGUCCAUUUUGAAAGCUAUUGAAAGUGGGGCAUAUACUUUGUCCAAUAUAAUUGCCAAGGCCUAUCCUGGUUCAGACCCAAAAUUAUGGAUCCCAGCAUCAUUGAACAUAUAUAAGGCUCCAUGUCAGUCAUCUUGCACUCCAAGGGAAGUUACCAAAGGAUUAAACUGUUGUUGCCUUAAUGAGAUUCUUGUGAGGAGACAUAUUGAAUGGUAUAAACAAAGAAGCCUUUUCAUCAGUAGCAUCAGGGUCUUCUCAACAACAACUAUUAUGCAUCUUGGGAACUUGACCUAAUCAUGUUCGAAGAGAGACUGAUAUCAAGUUGGGAGUAUUGAUUUUUGUCCAGUCAUCAUCUUAGUUUAGUUUAUUAUUGUUGCUAAUCUACUAGAUGCAUCACUAAUAUUAAUUUCUCAUAUUGGUAUUUGUAAAUAUAAAUUAUGAGUUUUUGUAUACAUUGUAUAUAUGAAUGUUGUCAAUUUUAAUGUGAAUUAUAUGUUUAUAAAUU